AUGCUUAAAACCGACAAAAACAAUUGGGAAAAAAUAAAGAUUGAUUUUUUAUGUAAUAUUGGUAUUGCAUUUGCUAUAAAUGGUGUCCCAGGUGGCCGUGUUGAGCUGACCUUGCCCAACAAGGUAAUCACCACACACGCCUCUUUGGCGUUUUCCAACUACACACGAUCGUACACUCACUUACUCUUCAACUCUUGUCGCAUCUCAACCACUGCCAUUCUGUCGUGA